AUGGCAACUCGGUAGAUCAACCAGCAGAAUGUUCAUGUGUAGAGCAAUAAUGAACGGUGAACCCUUGCGGCGUUUGCGACCAGUUCAUGGUGAGAAGCAGUUUGGCGUGUGAUUGGCGCAAGCCGCCGACUAGCGCGUCGUUGAUUCGCGUCUCCAAAUUCACGGUGAGUUCUUGUCUUCAGCACGAGCAAAUAGCUGCGCCGAGCUGGGUCGCAUAAGUGCACCACACCACCCACAAUGUACACCCGCCAGUAAUGGGUGUUUCCUCCUCUCAGCCCAUCCCCAGUUCGCAAGACCACCCGCCCAGUUUACACCCGGCCAAACCACCCACAACUCCCAGCGUUGCGAAAAGCGCGCCCCGCUAUACUCCUACCAUGGACGACGAAGCAGCCUCGCAACAACUCAUGAGCGAGGCCCGCGCCGACCCUCACUCAGCCGACUACAGAGGCCCUGCGAUACCCUUGAAGCUCGACGGGGCUUCAAGACGCACCAUUUCCAGAAAUCCAACCCUCGGAAAAAAGAACAAGAGCAAGAAGCUGGGAAAGAUGCAGGUCGCAUCCUCGCAGAACGGCAAACGCGACGCGGAAAGCCCCUCGCCGCUCCCAGUAUAUUCGCUCAAAGACCUGCAAGCCUUCGUCGGCACUUCACCGUCAAAGAGCCGCAAGCCCGCAUCUACCGUACCUUCGACGCAGAUCGAGGUGCCCGACUCGCAAACCGAGACACAAACGAAUGGCGCAUCAGAGCCGGCGCCAUUGACUGCCAGUCAAACCACUCAACCCGAUGCUUCAAGGAAUCGGCCCAAGAGGAACAAGAAGAAUGUGCAAACUGAAAAUGGAUUAAACAACGGCAACACAAUACCAGCUACACCAUACGAAGAGGUCGCCGGAGGAGCCAUGCCAUCGUCGGCGGAAGCGAUCGAGAGUAAAUCGAGUCAAAAACGACGCAAAAACAACAAGUCACGGACAUCUCUGAAUGGUGCCAAUCUUGACACUGCGGAAGUGGAGGUCGCCAAAUCACCCGCAGCGACACAAGAAGCGACACUGGAAACAGCACCGGGAGGUUCCGAGGAGCAAAAUGGCGGUUUGGACACAAAAGAGCAGCCAUUGACCCCACGGGCCUUACUUGGUGAACUCAACGCUGAUCGGUUGCAAAAAUCACAAUCUGCUGGCAAUGCAACGUCGCCAGCUAACACACCUGAUGAUGCACCUGACCACACGCCUAUUGGGUCACAAUUACUGGAUGCUGCAGCCGCAGCAGAUACGACCGGGACUCCGGAAGCUACUCAAAGUGCUAAGAAGAGAAAGAGGUCGAAGAGAGGCAAACAGAUCGCGGAGAGUGCGGCUCUCGAAGGGGACGCACUAGUUGAAAGUCUUGAUAAUACUUCAGCACAGCCCUCCGCGUCUGGAGACAGUCCAGGUGGUGACGUCAACUCUAAGCCCAAGAGAGAGAAGAAAUCCGCCAGACACAGCGUUGGAGGUGUUGUCUCGAGGACGCCAAAGAGGAGCAGAGCCGAUCCUAACAAAAAUUACGAACGAGCUCACGAUGAUGACGACCGGACAGCAGCUGACAAAGCGCUUGAAACGACACAUGAGCUGGGACACCCACCCGACAAACGUAGGAGUGGUGACUUCACUGCUGACGAGAGGGAGCUGAUCCGCAGAGCCAUAAGAGACUACCAGGAGCGGAAUGGACUCGACACUGCUGACCUCGUGGACAUCAUCCAAUGGUCAUACAAUAACAAGAGUGAGAUGGGGGGAAAUAGUACCGAUCAAGUUCAGGAGCAGUUCAAAAAGGAUUGCAAUGCUUUCUGGGAGGAGAUCGAAAACAUCGGGUUACUCCGCAAGCUCAGAGAGACUAGGAAGCAUAUUCGGGUCACGUACCACACGUGCCAACGAGGUCGCUGGUCGCAGGACGAGGAUGAGCAGCUAGAAGAACUGACCAAUCUCCAUCCAGGUCAGUGGAAGCUCAUUGCGACGCAACUCAAUCGCCGCGAAUUAGACGCCUACAACCGGUGGAAGGAUUACGUGCGCCACGGGGAGAACAGACUCACCAAACGCUGGACUGACGACGAGGAGGAAAGCCUGGUCAGGGUUCUCUCCUUGGUCUGCCAACGAGUUGAGGACUUGCGGGCGGAACUUGGCCAGCCACCUCUGGACGAUUAUCAACCUAUCAUCAAUUGGCACGAAGUCUGCAGAGAGAUGGGCGACACCCGCAGUCGACUGCAAUGCCAGUCCAAAUGGAAGAUCAUGAGAGCUCGAGUACCACCGGCAGCCUUGAAUAUCGAGAUCAAGCCAAGAAAGGACCCGCCUCCUCAGGAGGCUGCUGCGGAGGUUCCACAAAAGAGCCGCCGCAGAUCGAAAGUCGAGAAGAAUCGCCAGUCGACUGUCCCGGGCCCAGAUGACAUGCUUUGGGGUGACAAGUUUGAUCUCGUCGAUGAACUCAUACAGCAGGCGACUGCGGAUGAGAAUGUCUCGGAUGAGCAGAUCGGCUGGCAGGACAUUGUCGAGAAGAUGAACCAAAGAUGGUCGGUACGCACGUUGCGAACAGCCUACAAACAGCUAUGUGAGCUCGUUCUCGAUCCUGAAACUGACGACAAUUUAACGGCUCGUCUUUUUUCCAUCUAUGCAUUCAUCAAGGACAGCCACUUCAAUGAAGUCGAAGAUCGAUACCAGCCUGCACAAGAAGACAAGGCUAGCGACAAGGAUGGAUCUCAAAAGGAUACAAGCAAGAAGAGAAAGCGACAGAAAGCUACAGAUUCUGGCAAAGCUUCAACCAAGAAGCGAAACAAGACAACGGCCGAUAGCGCAAACGUUAUCAAAUCGAAGGAGAUAAUCACCGACAGUGAUGAUGCCGAGAAUGAGCCGGAACUGUAAAGAACUACAGCAUGUCGGUUGGAGACUGUGAUUCGAAGGACAUUGUAGAGAGGCAUUGCACAGGAUUGACAUUGGUGCUCGUGGACUGCGAACGUAGGCUUCAGCAUUGUGCUGUAGAGAAAGUUGCGCACAACAAUCAAUGUAUAAUAACGACCCUGACACGCUGUACAACGGAAGGCCACGAACUGUAAAUAGGCAAUAUCAGAACCAUCACGCGAUCGCAAUUAGCA